CCCACUGAAACUACAAAGUCUGCUUCCCAUCCAAUCACCGGAGAAAUUCAGCUUCAAAUCAACUAUGACAAACACCUUGGCAACCUUAUCAUCCACAUCCUUCAGGCAAGAAACCUUGCUCCCAGAGACAACAACGGCUAUUCUGACCCCUUUGUUAAAGUUUAUCUUCUGCCAGGGAGAGGUGCCGAGUACAAGCGGAGAACUAAGUACAUACAGAAAAGCUUGAAUCCUGAGUGGAAUCAGACGGUCAUUUAUAAAAAUAUCUCCGUGGAGCAGCUGAAAAAGAAAACACUGGAAGUGACUGUCUGGGAUUAUGAUCGAUUCUCCUCGAACGACUUCCUUGGUGAAGUAUUGAUUGAGUUAUCCAGUGUCUCUCAGCUUGACAACACUCCUCGGUGGUACCCUCUGAAAGAACAGAGUGAAAACAUUGAUCAUGGGAAAUCCCAUUCUGGACAGAGUAGCCAGCAAUCUCCAAAACCAUCUGUCAUCAAGAGCAGAAGUCAUGGAAUUUUCCCGGACCCCUCCAAGGACAUGCAAGUGCCCACCAUUGAGAAAUCCCACAGCAGUCCAGGGAGCUCCAAAUCUUCCUCUGAAGGACAUCUACGCUCUCACGGUCCAUCCCGCAGCCAAAGCAAAACCAGCGUCACUCAAACCCACCUUGAAGACGCUGGGGCAGCCAUCGCCGCUGCUGAAGCAGCUGUCCAACAGCUUCGCCUUCAACCAAGUAAAAGACGCAAAUAAAUUCCUCAGCAUGGCAGCUUAAUGUUCAUCUGUUGCCUUUUUCCCUGCUGUCCUUCCCUUUUAAGCUACUUUUUUUCUGUUCUUGGCACACUGUGCUCACUCUGUUCAAUGUCUUUCUUUGUGUGCCUGUGUGUGAAUACAUAUAAUUACAAUAUAUUGUAUUU